CCAAGUUUGCAGUAAGCCGAAAAGCAGCAACCAUGAGCAGAGCUUCGACCUCGCACCACGGCCGCCGCCCAGCUACCACGAGCACCACGACGUCGAGCCACCUUCAUGACGACAACAACAACUGCUACGCCGACGGCGCGCGCACCAUGUGGAUCAAAAAGUGGAGCUAUUCGAAACCCACGCCGGGCCAGUCUCGGUCGUCGUUCAUUGAAUUCACCGUGCUUGUCCGCGACUCCAACCUCGCGUGCAAAGACCCCGUCGUGUACGAGAUCCACCGGCGAUUCUCCCAGUUCCACGCGCUGCACAAAGCCCUGCGCGACCACGGGUUUGCCCUGCCCGACAUGCCGACGUUUGACAUGUGGACAAACGUACUCAUCAAACUCGUGCCGGACCAGGCGCUGCGCGACCGGCAGGCGCAGCUCCAGCACGUGCUCGAUUGCAUCAGCGGGUCCAUCGCAAUGCAAGCCACGGCAGCGUACAAGGCGUUUGUCGGGACGCCGAGCCCCGACGUCAAGUGGCGGUAUACGUCCCUUAGCGACAUUCGCAUUCAUCCGGGGAAAGGCGCGUUGCUUGCGCGGGAAGGCUACGCGUAACACGAGCACGCCGCUUCCCCUUGCAACGACCUCCACUGGUGUAACUUAUAACUUAUAAAAAAUGGGGCCACGACGGGCCGAUGGCAUCCUUGCCACACCAUUCUCUGUCUUGGCUUCGGACAACAAGUGCGACCACGGCCAGCGUGAGUCGACGAAGCCACUCGACGAGGUCGACCACGGUUCAAGUUCCUGCCUGCCUGCCUCUCGAUAUUCGGAGCAGGGACUACCACUCGACGUGUGGAGUGUUCAAGCGAAAGCUGCCAGAACGCUGCGGUGUUGGUUGCGCGCCAUUUGCCGAAACCUUUCUGCGCGGCGUCAGUCGGCGGUGCGAGCGCGCAAACACAUGCGUCAACCCAUGCACAUAAAUCGAGCCGACGCGUUCGACAUGGCAACAACACCGGCGACCUUGACUGACGACCACACCUCGGUCGGG